GGUGAAGUGUGAAAAUGGCAACGGAUGGGACUCCUUUUCCAGAAGGCGACGCAGAAGCUGAGCUCAAUCCUGGACAGAACAAGAGUUUUGAAGUAGAUCCUGUUUCUUCAGAGAUCGCUUCUGAAAAGAUGGUGGAAAAGAUACAAAAAAACUUGGAAAGGAAGGAAAACGCAAAAGCAAGGAGAGACGCAACGCAAACGCUGAAGAAGACGAUUAUCAUAUCAGCGGUGAUCGUGGCCGUAGCUGGAGCCGCCUUCGCUAUCACCAAAAAGAUGAAGGAGAAAUGAUUUUUGAUUACAUAAGUUAAUCCUCAAUUUUUCCUUUUUAAUAUGUAACUAUUACUGUUUUUUCUCACGAAACUAAGAGAAUACAUCUAUAAUUUUAUAUACACAUAAUAUUUGUUUUUUGUCAUAUGUAAUUUUUAUAAUUC